UUUAUUGAUGCAAGAGAGGUCUGUAGGGUCCUUUGCUGUUGUAAACACUUUUUCACAGCACUGUACCUACUCAUUUACUUACCUAUUUAUGUACUUACUUACUUGCUUGCUUACCUUUUUUACUUAUUUUUCUAUCUAUCCACCUACUUACCCAACUGCUUACUUACUCAGUUACUUGCCCACCUACUUACUUACCCAUUUAAUUAGUUACUUACCUACCUACUUAUUUACUAAUUUACUUACCUACAUAUAAUACCACUUUUGUGAAGUGCUCCCAGAGUCUAUUCACUAUUUACACAACAUAUCGCUCUAAAAUAAAACUACUCCCGGAUAAAUUAAUGAAAUAAUAAUGCGGCGCGUGGCUAUGCAGUACCUGGCUAUCACCACUAGAGGUCACUGUAGUCUCAUUAAUGCCCCUCUGCUCUCCUCUGCUCGGUAACGAGCCGCUUUCAGGUUGAGGGUUUUUCAGGAGCCGGACGUUUGGCUUGAGCUGGAAGCAACUGGUGCUCUAGUGGAUUCAGUCCGGGAUUGUGCAAGGAAAACAAAAUACACACAAACAUGACGCUGCUUCGUCUCUGUACGUCUUAUCCGGGUUUGUGUGCAUUGAUAUAAACCCUUAAUCUGCGGCCAGUUAAACCCCCGGGAAUAAUUUAAGGAGCUGCUGGACUUUUGUGUCAGAGGAGUCCUUCACUUUCGAAAAAGGAGUCCAAGAAAGUCUCGCCUUGCCACAGCAGGCUUGAAACUCCAUCCCAACCUGUUCUUGGUCCUGGAUGUGAGAAGGAAAAGGCCCUGGAGCUGCCCUGGACCUGGUUGGAGCACCAGCACCUUGGCCACGAUAACCUCAAGCAAGCUGGUGAACUGCGCCAAAGGCUGGCCGACGAGAUUGAUGGCAUCAUAAGACCAGGCAGGACAACGAAAGCAGGCAAGAAGUGGGCAGGAAUUGACUCAGGGUGUAAAGGCAAUGGGGCAACAUACCGUAAACUGGAGGAGCUGCUGAAGACUCUCCAUGGGGAGGCAGACAAGGAGCAGGCCGGGCUUCUGCAGCGCCUCUUGGAGGAAGUGGAGGUGGAGAAGAGCUACUUCCUAUGCCAUUUGCUAGAAGUACAUGGGCAUCCUUUACUAGCGGUAGAAGACAAGAAGGACAAAGUUACAAAAGGGCCAGCUAAGUGGAGGUCAAAGAACUCUAAGAGCCAGGAUAUCCCUGAGUCCUUCAAGGAGAGAAAGCAAUUCGUCACACAUUACUACCCAGAUUCUCAGAACCGUCCACCUAUGAAAAAGAGCAAACAGGGGUUGGAAAGCUCAUCUGAAAAGGAGGAUUCUGGGAAAAGCCCCCUCGGUUCUUCGCCAGUGGAAGAAAAGAGCAACAAGGGGGAUUUUUCUGAGACUUUACCUGAUGUGGGUUGGGAACUCCAGAGUUCUGAUCCAUCUCUGGAAAAGUUGUCUCCUUCCAGAUGUUCAGAGGACAACAUGGAAGACACGAACGGCGCAGAUUAUGACUAUCUAGUGCGGCAGAACUCUGAGCUUCUGAGCGCACUGGAGGACCUGGAGAAGACCGUCUCCACGCUCCGAGAAGAGAACAGCCUCCUGCGGAAGAGCAGUUGUCCUGAGACGGAGGACAAGGUGAAGAGGCUGAGGAGGAAAAAUGCUGAGCUGGCUGUCAUCGCAAAGCGUCUGGAGGAGAGGGCACACAAACUGCAGGAGGCCAAUCUUAAAGUGGUGAAUGCCCCCAUCCCUAUAAAACCUGGCGCGGUAGAGCAAUAUAAGAGAGCGUUUGCGAGGCAGCGGGCACGAGACCUAGCUCAGCACGCAGACACACUCCUCUCCAAAGACAAGGAGAUCGCCGCACUGCAGCACGAGUGCCGACAGCUAGAGGCCAAAAUAGGACAGGACAAACAGGGUGGUCCUGAUCCAGCAGGAGCAGGGGAGUUUGAGCGGUUGCUGAAGGAGUCUCAGAAGGAGGUGCUGCGUCUGCAGAGGCAACUCUCGGUCAGCUCAGCUCGGGACCAGAGCUCAGCCGGAGGAGCCGAGAAAGAGCGAGAACAAAAAGAGGCACCCGUUGUAUGUGAAACUGCACAGCCUGUAGUUGAUGAAGUCCUUGUUAAGGGGGAGGAAACCCAUGGAGAGGAGGAGGAGGAGUCUAGAGCACAAGUAACCCCAGAGAAGGACACUAGCUCCGCCCACCAGGAAGAACAGACACAAAAGGACCGUAUAGAGUUUCUGGAAAGUGAGUUGAGUAAGAAGAGAAAAGAAUGUGAGGGUCUCGAGCACGAAGCAAGGAAGAGGCAGAAGAGAUGUCUCGAUUUGGAGAGCCAGCUUGAGGAUGAGUGCAUCAAAAAUGAGCGACUAACAGAGGAGGCUGAACUCCUCAGGAGCAAGGCUCAGCUGCUUGAGCAGUCCCAGGUUGAGAAUGAGGAGCUGAAGGGGGAGCUCUCUGCAGUGAGCGCUCGGUAUAGUUCAGUUCUCGAGGAGAACCAGAGACUCCGUGCCAAGCUGGAGAACCUAGAGCAGGUCCUAAAGCAUAUGCGAGAGGUCGCAGAGCGCAGGCAGCAGCUGGAACUGGAACAUGAGCAGGCACUGGCUAUCCUCAAGUUCAAACAGGAUGAAAUCAAACGACUUCAGCGGGCUCAGUUAUUUGCCAAGAGGGAACAUGAAGGAGUUGUGCAAAUGCUGGAGGGGUUGAUCCAGUUUGUAUUGCUGAGAGAGCUGGCGAAGGUACGGGAGCUGGAGCAGAAGUGCCGUAAUCAGAGCGAGCAGUUCAGCCUUCUCAGUCAAGAGCUGGACAAAUUCCGGCAGCAGGCCUCUAAGAUCGACCUAUCGGCUCCUGGGCUGCUGUGCUCCGGCCUCACGCAACUUCCUAACGGCCUCAGUCUGCCCACAGACACCGGCACUAGUGCCUCAUGGGAUGACAUCGCCUUCUGGAGUCUGGAGGGUAACGAGGCCCUCUGUGACGUCUCUGAGCAGGAUUUGUCUGCUGUGCUUCGGGCCGGCUUGGCGCCAUACUCGGCGGGUCUGUCCCAUUCCGGGCGCUCGCCAGGCACCAAACACCGCGAGCUGCCCAGCCUAAACCCGAAAUCUGCCUCCACGUCCAGUGCGUCUCCUCCCAAGUCUGAAAACACACACCUGUCGCCGAAAUCAGCCGCAAACUCGCGCAAAGCCAGCCCCACUCACGAGGUGGACACUGCCAGUGAGGUUGAGGAACUGGACAUUGAUGUGUCCCCUGUUCCCUUCGCAGCCAGUCGAGGAGCUGCUAAACUUCAGGUUUUCAUCGCCCGUUACAGCUACAACCCAUAUGAUGGCCCAAACGAUAACCCAGAGGUGGAGCUGCCUCUCACAGCAGGGGAAUACAUCUACGUAUACGGAGACAUGGACGAUGAUGGCUUCUAUGAAGGUGAAUUGAUGGAUGGCCGUCGAGGCCUGGUGCCAUCCAACUUUGUAGAGCGUGUCUCAGACGACGAGGCACACGAAGCCACCGACUUUUCCCACAACUCCUUCCUGGAGAGCAGCAUUCACAGCGCCUCAGAGAGACCACAUCAGCACCAGCACCAUGUGCGUUUAGGCCAAAGCAUCACAGACAGGACAGAGGCCUCGGCUACCAGCGACAUAAGCAAAGCCGGCACUGUGCCUUUCGUGAAUGGCUUGGACCUGGAUCUGGACUUGGAGGAUGAUACGGAGGCUCACAUCAUGCCUCAUCCUCACAAGCUGACUCUUAUCAAACAGCUAGCUAAGAGCAUAGUGUUGGGUUGGGAGGCACCCCCAGGAGGAGUCACAGUGCGGAGCUAUAACAUCUACGUGGACCAGAAACUGCGUCUCAGCGUGCCCACGGGGAAUCCGACGAAGGCCGUGUUAGAGCAGAUGGAUACGAGCCAUAAGGCUCACCAUGUGGCUGUGCAGAGUGUGAUGGAGCAUGGCGCCUCAGACCCGUUGCGCUGCUGCAUGCGCGUAGGGAAGGACGUGUCCGCAGCACCCACUGAACUGAGGGUAGAACGCAUCAUGGCCACUUCAGCCCGUGUAACCUGGCUGCCUAGCAACAGCAGUUACGCACAUGCAGUCUCUUUGAAUGGUGAGCUGCGCGAGUUGGUGCAGGCUGGCAGAUACUCACUGCGCCUUGGUGACCUUAUGCCUGGUCUGCACUACCGUGUGGAGGUGGAGGCACAACUGCCAUCAGAGCGGAGGGAGCGCAAGUGUGCUGUAACCUCCUUCACCACACUUACCGCAGGUCCUCCUGAUGCUCCUCUGGAUGUGCAGCUGGAACAGGGGCCAACCCCCGGGAUUGCUCAAGUCAGCUGGCUCCCUGUCACUAUUGAUGCUGCUGGGACUUCCAACGGGGUCCGUGUCACCGGCUACACCAUCUAUGCUGACAAGAAGAAGGUCUUGGAGGUGUCCUCGCCCACAGCGGGCAGUGCUCUAAUCGGUCCUUCUCAGAUUGAAAUGCUUCAAGCGGCGCGCGAGCUCACCGUACGCACCAUGUCUCCUCAUGGUGAGUCGGCCAACUCGACGCCCGUGAAUGUGCCUGCCAAGCUACCUGCCAUAAUGGCAGGUGCCUCCAUGCCUCCCUGCCAGCCUGUGCCAGCCCACGCCAGUGUCCUAACCGCCGGUGCCGCCAACAAGGAGUCCAGUGUCCGUGCCACCUCUCUGUCAGCUGCCAAAACGCCCAUGAUGCCACUCAGCUCUAUACUAGACACAAAUCCUCCUUCUCCCAUCAUGGAUGUCUAUGCCAAUACACCCAAAGUUGCCACCAGUGAUGCCCCUCUGCCCAUUGCCUCAUAUGUCGAGGCAUGGGCGAAUCCAGCUGUGGCUGCGCAGGAGGCAGGGCCACUUCCCGUUGCUAGUGCCAACCUGCAGGAAACUGUACCUGCAGCAACAGUUGUGCCCACUCCUGUGCCAGUCCCAGUGCCCAUGCCCACAGCCAGUGUUCUGGCAACUCCAGCUCAGCCCAGUGUAGCCCUUACACCAACGCUGGAGCCUAGCCGAGACACCAAUAGCCCAGGGCAACAACAUUCCGUCUCUGAUUUCCUGGAUGACCCCAUGCCACACAAGUCAUCACCCACCCCCAGUGUGGCCAGAGUCAUGGUCCCUGGGACAGAUAUGCUCGACGUGCCCGAUACACAUCCCCUGCGUCCACCUAACCCCUCACCCGUAGAGUCGGAGCCGGAGGGUGAUAGGGAGAACACUCGUUUGGUCUCCAUCGAAGAGUUCCUCCGGCCUGAACUUGUGCCCAGAACAAAGAUAUAUGCAGGAGGUCUGAUGGACCCUCCUCCUGACUAUCAUGUGGAAAGCAGCCGUUCAGACCUAUCCGAUAUCCUGGAGGAGGAGGAAGAAGAUCUGUACUCCGAGUCUGCCGUCGAUGUAUCACCCAAGAAGGGCAACUCUGGACCUGCAGGCAGGGAGGCUGCCGGUCUAGCGGACUCGGGACCAGCCUGGUGCGGCCCCAGAGACAUCUCUCCAAAGUUAAAUCGAUCGGACACCAGAUUGCCUAGAGAUGUUGCCGAGCCAAGGCCAAUCGGUGACAGUGAAGUACGGAUUUUCGUUGCCCUCUUCCCAUACGAUCCUUCAACAAUGUCACCCAAUCGUGAUGCAGCAGAGGAGGAGCUUCCCUUCAGGGAGGGACAGAUCAUUAAGGUCUACGGUGAUAAGGACGCAGAUGGGUUUUACCGGGGCGAGUCAGGUGGCCGUCACGGUUAUGUGCCCUGUAACAUGGUCUCUGAGAUUCAGGUGGACGAUGAGGAGACCAGAGAUCAGCUGCUACAGCAGGGCUUCCUGUCCACCGAGACUUCUAUAGAGAAGAUGGGCGCACGCUCACUCGCUCAGCUUCCGCACCGUCCGGCUCCACCACCCAAACCUAGACGCUCCAAGAAAGUGGAAUCUACAGGAGUUUUGGAGGACAGUUCUAACACUGAGUCCUCCAACCAAGAUAAUGCACGACACUCAGUCAUUGCCAUGGGAAACCCUGUGCCUCGCAGGAUGGUGGCCAUCUUUGAUUACGACCCAAGAGAAAGCUCCCCUAAUGCUGACAUAGAGGCUGAGCUGACUUUUAACGCUGGAGACAUCAUCUAUGUGUUUGGAGACAUGGAUGACGAUGGCUUCUUUUACGGGGAUUUAAAUGGACAGAAAGGGCUGGUACCUUCCAACUUCCUUCAGGCUUUUCCCGAGAACGGGGAUGACUCAGCAGAACCCGAGCACACUCUAGCCAGCAGCCGGAGAGACUCACAGGUGAGUCACGCUGCGUCUGUAGACCAGACGGAGCCCCUAAAGUCAAGCCCUCCAGACGAGACCCAGACUGAACCCAAUUCUCAACCUGAAUCGCUCCUUCCAAACCAGCAGCCUGAGCACCACCCGGGUCCUUCUCCAUUAUCAGGCCAUCCUCUUCCUGUCCUCCAUCCCCCAGGGGACCAUGCUGUCACCAACACCUCUCCACCUGGCAAAAAGAAAAAAGGUUUCUUCUCUAAAGGGAAGAAGCUCUUCAAGAAGCUGGGCUCCAGCAAGAAGGAAUAAAAGCUAAAGACUGUUACAUUGACUAAUUCGCUGAUUGCACUUUCUCCAUGUUGAUGUUAAUUCGUCUGCAUGUAUUUGUGAUUUCAUGGGUAGAUUUAGGGUAGGACACAGAUGUCACACUCUGUGACCGAUUGGUGCUUGGUUUUUUUUUUUUUUUUUUUUUUUUUUUUUUUUAAUUCUCUGGUUUGUUUUGUCUCCUUUUGCCACCAUGAUAAAGGUGUGUUCUUCUUCCUUAGCUUCACAGUACAACUUCUGACUUGUAAAACAACAAAACCAAAAAAAAUCACAUCUUUAUCAAACUAGUAAAUACACAGAAUAUUCUGAAAGCUAUGACUCACCAGUGGGUGAUGUCAAAUUCUAAACAAACACCGAACCAACAAUGCUGGCUUUGUUUUAAAGUUAAAAUAGUUGUAAUAUAACGUCAGGAUUUAACUUUACAGCCUUGAUUUACUAAGAUGCACUGAUUUAGAUGUGUAGCAAAUUAAUAUGUACAAGUAGUCAGCGAUUUACACAGUAUAAUUGUGUGAAUUACAUCAAAGUACAGAGAGGAAACAGUAUACCUUUUGUGUGCGCUAAAUGCGUGCACUAAAUGUUUCUAGUAUGUGCAGAGAGUUCAAGUUUAAUGUCAGCUAACACAAACCAGUGAGAUUUAAAAAAAAAAAAAAAAAAAAAAAAAAAAAAAAAAUGCUCAAAACAGGCUUCCACAAAUUUAACACAUGCCCUUCAUGUGUAUUAAUUUGCGCAAACAAACCGUGUCCCUGAACUGACUUUCAGGUUUAGUAAAUCGCAUUGCAGGUACAAAAUGAACGGAUUUGCAUUGACUUCUCAGUGUAUUUUGCGCCUCUAGAUAACAAUGCCUGAAUUUGCAUAAUCAUUAAACCAAAAACAUGGAACGAACGAGACGUGCUACUUUUCUCGUGUCUAAGCAGCAACCCUUCAUAAUGAGACAGGUUUAUACUCGUUGUCUAUCACACAGUCCCAUAUCAUUUUCUGAUAUUGACCACAUGAUAAAUCGUUAUCGGAAAGACGUAAAAAGCUCGCGCGUGUCAUCUUCCGAGUCUGAAGAGAUAAGCAGCUCAGAAUAGAAGUCUAGAAUAGAGCGGUCAUCUCGUAAUUACUGUGACGCCAAUGAAUGCACUGUAAGACUACAGGUAGUGACUUAAAACGAACCUUUUUUGCUCCCCGAGUUGAAUCGUCAUGUUGUCAUGGUGAAAACAUCAGAUCAGUUUAGAUUAGAUCAGGUGGAUGUGGGUUUUUUUGUUUUGUUUGUGCUUUCAGCCUUUAAGGUUGUCUCAUUGGUGUUCGUGUAUUAUAUGGCAAUAAGGUUAAAUCCUGUUGUAUGCAGGUGUGCAUUAUGUAAUAUUUCUGUCAUAAUUUCUCUCAAAAGAUUCACAUCACAGUGGGGAAAGAGUAGAAUUUGUUCAGCUGAUGUGUGUACUAAACAAGUACGUUCCUUCAGUGUAUAAGGACAAACUUCUGGAGGUUUCCUCUGGUCUGUCUUUGCCUCCCUCAUGGGACUCAAGUAGCACCAAAAGGCUUGUGUGUGUGUGCGUAAAAGAGGGAAAUUCAUCAUUCGUGCAUGUGUGGGGUGAAAAUUAGUAUGAAAACACAUUCACGGUAUACAGAGUGACUCCUGUCCGAUAUGCUGUAGUUAUUUAGCUCUGCUUUGAGGACUAACUAUGUGUAAAGCAUAAGUAUGAUGUUCAUCUGUCAUGAAGGGUUUUCAUUGUACGAUUUUUGGCCAGUUUUUGCUGUCGCAGGCUAUAAUAUCACACACAUACAAGAAUUCUUCAGUCAUGACUUAAAAAUGGUGGACUUCGAAUGGAUAAUGGGAUCAAUUCAGUACCACUGCAACCAAAGACAGCAACUGUCAGAAUUUUUUUUUUUAAUUAAAAUCUCAACGUGUGACCUGUUCUGUAAUGUUCACCUAAACAACACAGGACAGACAGCUACGAAUACAGUAGCGGCAAAAUAUGACGAAAUAUAAACAAAAAUCCUGACUUGCUCACAUUAAUUAAUCUAAAGUUACACGUCUAGGCCCUCGUACAGUGAGUUGCGGCUCUAACAGACAGGCAAAAAUCCUUAUGACGUCAAGUUCACGUUGAAGAAUGUAUUCAUUUACUCAUAACAUCACUACUGUUAUAACGAGGGCUUGUUCCUGUUUAUACAAUGAUUUUCUGUACGAGCCCAGGUUGUGCUGAUUAAUAACCUAAACAGGACACAGUAGUUCUCAGUAAUCAGAGGAUCUUCAUGAUAUAAUCUGACACAGAGAGCAUGCUAUUACACAGUCUGUUAUAGAUUUCAGCCCAGAUUUCUGUUGGAUCAGCUCACACAGCAUGGCAUACAGUGUAAUAUUAAAAAGAUGCUGAAAUCUCACAGUGUAAAACUGGCUUAACUGGUAUCAGGUGAACACGGUGGCUGUUCCAAACCAGAACAUCACACACUCUUGCCAAACCUUUUGGUCCUCUUUGUGUUACUAUGGCAGUAGGGAGAUGAUGAGAGAGCGGGGUCCAAGCACCAGAUACUCUAUAGACCAGAAGUCCAGGUCUAGGAUUCUGCUCAAGUUCACUUUGGUUCUGUGCUGAACCAGUAGAUAUAUUUUAAUUAAAUGCUGACUGUGUUAAUCUUAAAAUAUUUAAAAACAGCAGCCCUGAUGGAGGCACUGUACUGUACAGUCAAACUAUUUCUCUCUCUGUAGCCUGUAGGUAACUCUAGGCAAGCAAUGAUCCCUAAGCUGUACUAUAAUCCUAAAACUUGCUUUUCAACCAGCUACUGUAGUUCGCAGGCUUGCACCACAUUGAUCCCAGUGCUUUCGCUAGCGCUAAGCUACUCUCUGCUAAUCUUCACCCACAGCUAGACCACAGUAACUUACUAGCCUUACGAGACCUUGUUUAGUCUUACUACGAUGUUUACUUUUACUGUACUUCUACUGACUGCAUGCAUGAAGGUGUCGCACCCAGACACGGCCUUAUUUAUCGAUAUUUAAGUAUUUAUAAUAUUACCUUGCAUUUCUUUACUUCUACAAUGUAUUUGUAGGAUGUUUUUUUUAAAAACUGGCUACAGUGGAGGCCAAGCUGGAAGAUAUCAGCUGAUACUUCGGUGUGUGUACAGUGAUGAUGUACAGUGUUCAGGUCAACGGUUUGCACUUUGUGAUUUUGACGUACGGUAUUUUCAAACAGUACGAGAAGCUUUAUUCUCGCGUCAGUCUCUCAGAAUUUCUGCAAGUGUCACACGGAGAACAGGAACCUGUUUUGUAAAUCUGAGGUUUUGUAAUCAAUUUUUGAAACUUGUAAAUAGUUCUUUUUUCACAAUUUUCUUUUUCUUUUCUUUUUUCUCUUUAUUUUGCAUGUUGAAGCAGGUCUUGGCGUGAUGACUAGUAAGAUCACUAUUGCGCAUUGAAGGAGGAAAUUGUCAUUUAGGCUGACCUUUUUACAGAAAUAAAAUCUAUUUUUACAGAAAAAUCUUAUGUUUUGUGG